AUGCUGACUGCAAGGUCUCGUAAUCACAGUCAAAGUGCAAGUAGCAGCAAUACUGUAUCAAACACUUCUUCCAGAACUACUGUCAAAGACGAGUCUAAUGCGAGAUCAUUGUCUGGCUUAAAACCAAAACCAGUUUUUGUUAAACCGUCCGAUGUAGUCUCUGUUGCAACCCAUUCCUCCAGAUCUGGUCUGCUUGCCUCCAAAACACCAAAGUCUUCAUCUUGGCACUCUGCCGUGACAGGCACAGACAAUACUGAGCAAUUAGCAAGUAGUCGCCCUUUAUCCAAUCAGACUUUCGCAACUUCUACUCUAGGAUCAGCAUGUGCUUCACAGUCCAGACUUCCUGUUCUCAAAAAAAAGCAAUCUUCUGUCCGACCCGUUCCAGAUUUUGCUAAACUACAUAAAACUUGGGAGUCAAAGCUAGCAUCAGGGAAAUCAAUCAAGUCUUCAUCGCAAGAUAUCACAACUUCAAAUAAACUUUUUGAAAAAAGCACCAGUAAUAAUGGUGCAUGUAGCUUUCCUUCAAGUGCCGAUUCUGAUAUUGUCCCCAAAUCUGCUGCUUAUCGGAAACCCACACCAUUUGCCAUACAGACAAAUCAACAAAAAAGUCAACUACUUGAACCAAAAGCAUCAACACCAUUACUUUCUACAACUGGAUCAGCAACAUUGAAAAACGAUACCAAACCAUCCCAGGCUGUUUCAACUCAACACAACACUGUCCACUCACCCCACAAUGAGGAAUUCAACAAUGCUUCUUUGGCCAAUAUUCUUACAAGCACAUCUUCUCACGAGCUGGAUAUGGCCCAUUCAGAUGAUAUUGAAACUCGAUCGUAUGGCGUGCUGAAGCGUCGGACAACUUUGGCUCAACUAAGCAAUUUUUCUGAAAAGUAUUCUGCCGAAGAUACUGGCUCUAGCACUAGAGGAAAUAGAAGAGUCGGAGAAAUCGCUAGUACAAUUCAGCAUGAAGAUCUGCGAGUACUCAAGCGUACUUCUCUUUUUCAAGCUCCGAUACGAGUUGCUCGCAAACCAUCUCAUAUUGAGCUUUCUCGAAAAAAUAAUGAUCUAUUAGGACCUUUGGUCUCUGCCGAAAAAGAACUGACAAUUACUUCUCAGCAGCAAGAACUACAACGGUAUCCAGCCAGACUACUUGGGCAGGCAUCACGUACCCCAAACGCAUCCAAGAUCGCCACACUACCCUUCACACCACGAACUUUUGCCAACAAGGAUCUAGCGAGAGCGUUGGGGAAAGCGCUGAUGGAAACUUCGACACCUCCCGCGCGAGAGCCAACUACACCCCGCCAGAGUAUGUUUGGUGGGGUACAAAGCAGUUUGAACACUACUUUGUCUACAGAUACAGCUCCUUUGCAUUAUGAUCAAGGACGGGGAUAUGCAUUUAGCGUUCAAACUGAGCAAUCAAAUCUUGUUCUCACUCAGUAUCAGCCGCCUAGCACCAUUUCAAGCCAUCCUGAUUCAAUAGUCGAAAAAACAGUGCAGAUAUCAAAGCCUCGGGGGCAACUUCCUAAUCCAUUUGAUGUACUUGGAAUCACACCACAUUCGACUUUUUCCUGGACAAACUCUACAUUGCUUUCCAAGGGGUCAUACACUGGGCUGCCUGAAGGUGAAGACAUUAAAUUAGAAACAUUUUCUUAUUCUGCAGCGAACGGCUUGAAUACAUCUUUUGAUCCACCAUCAUGCACAGAUGACUCGUCUACAAUUGCAUCAUUGCAGAGCGAGUUGGAUAAAUUGACAUCGAUGGAAGAAGCAUUAAUGCGAGAGCUAGAACACGAGACUUUAUCCUAG